GGAGCCAAACAGGUUUGAAGUUUAUGGAAGUCUGAUUCAAAUCCAAACUGCAGAGCUGGUCUUUAUGGAAUGGAUUAGGCCUAAUCCUGCCUCCCUGCACCAUCCCUGGCCCCGCCAAACUGGCUUUCUCCCAAAAUACAUUUUGGACCUAUAAAUGCAUAGACAACACUUCCUUUGUUCUGUGGAAUCCUGUACUCUUAACUGGCUUAGUGGGUCGUGUGUGUGUGUGUGUGUGUGUGUGUGAGAGAGAGAGAGAGAGAACACGAAACACUGGACCUGAAUCCUCAAGCCACUGGGAUGUACUUUGACUUAAGCCAAUUUUUACUUCGGAGGACUCCUGAGGAUAACUAUAAUCAUUAUAUUGCCUGGAUAUGCUGUAGGCCAGGAUACUCAUGCAGUGCACACCCAGAAAAGCUUCUCCAUCACAGUCCAAACAGAGCCUUUUUAAGCACUGCACAGAUUCUGCUAUUGCUGUUGAAAGAGCUGCCAAGCAUACAAUGAGCCUUGCUCUUACCCGGCUCUGUGCUGAAGAGCAGUCUACCACUUGAGGCUUCAUGCCAGAAAGACUCACUUUCCCCGAUUCUCCUCCAGCAGCUGCUGACACCCUUCUAUGUUGUUUGCCUGCUAUUGAUUCACUGAGAGGAGAAGGCCAUGGAGCCUUACAGUCAAAAUUUCUAUCCUGGCAUGGGAGAAGAGAGGUCGCUCAGCAUUUCCUGCAGGCAGAAGUUCUGAGCUGGCUUGCCUCUUGCUGACCACACACUCUUCUUCUGUCUUUGCACAUCAUGCUGUAUCUGCACUGACCUCCCCCCAAAAAUUGGAAACUAGCCACAUUCCCUCAGAAAUGGCCAGUGUUCUAAUGCUUAAAGAUGGUAAGAUACCCUCUGAACAGUUCUGUUAAGGUUUGUGUUAAGUUGGGAUUUCUCUCUCAAUAUUAGAGUUCAGGAAGUUACCUGAAGCUAAUCUGCUCUUUUACUCCACUUUGACAUCUCUCUGCACCAUCUGUCAUGCAUCUGCAAUCUAUUUUCAGAAUGGAAUACAGCUGGUACUGGUUGGAUGGAUCUGGGCAGUGGAUUGAAUAUGGGAAACAGCAUUCAAAUCAUUGUGCUGCCACAGUAACUUCUGCGGAUCUGGAGGUGGCAUUUCUAGCAGACCGACAAGGCACUGUAUCGUUUCAAGCUGGCUCUCAGCAAUAUGAGAUAAACUUUCAAGAUAUGGUCCAGAUAAACUUGUACUACCAAACUCGGAGAAAAGUCUGUAGGUGGCCAAAGUUUGUGGUGUUUGGAGGCAGAGACAAGAAUGAGAGAAGCCAGCUGGAAACUACUAAUCCACUUCAUCUGUUUCCUCCAAACUGGGACCAAUCGGCACUGCCUGACAUAGGGUACAAGUUGGUGGAGCUGAGUGACACUACCAGUGAAUACAAGGAAGUCAAGAACCUAUUUGAGAAGACAAUGAAAAAUUAUAGAAUCUGCAGAUUGCAGAGGAUUCAGAACCCAUCACUUUGGCAAGUUUUCCAGUGGCAAAAGGAGCAGAUGAGGAAGACAAACAGAGGAAAAGAUGUGGAUGAGAGGCUUUUAUUCCAUGGAACAAGUACAUCCCAUUUGCAUGCCAUCUGCGGGCAGAACUUUGACUGGAGAAUUUGUGGGACCCAUGGAACAUUAUAUGGAAAAGGAAGCUACUUUGCCAGAGAUGCUGGUUAUUCCCAUCAAUAUUGUCAGACUGGCUCUAGUUCCAAGACCAUGAUCGUAGCUCGAGUGCUAGUUGGAGACUUUGUUCAAGGAAGCAAUAACUACCUUCGUCCUCCACCCAGACCUAACAAUCCAAACAGCUUUUAUGGCAGCUGUGUGGACAACCCAGUGAAUCCCUCCAUUUUUGUCAUCUUUGAGAAGCACCAGAUUUACCCAGCAUAUAUAAUAGAAUAUGCAGAAGGGUACAACUGUGUGAUCUUGUAAUGGACAGCAAUACCCCUUUCCUACACUGAGACAGUCAAAUGAUUUUACAUAUUUCCUAUUUUAAAAUAUAUU